AUGCCGCCGAUGCCGUACAACGCCAGCCGCCCGGACUGCAAUGGCACCAAGGGCAACGAAACCCACCCACCCGCCGCUUUGCCGGCCAAGGGCCACGGCCGCGGUCUGCUGGGCAAGAGUGGCAAGGGCGGCAAGGACGACUUCUCCAAGCCUUCAGGGCACAACGAGACCCAUCCAACGAUGCCGCCGAUGCCGUACAACGCCAGCCGCCCGGACUGCAAUGGCACCAAGGGCAACGAAACCCACCCACCCGCCGCUUUGCCGGCCAAGGGCCACGGCCGCGGUCUGCUGGGCAAGAGUGGCAAGGGUGGCAAGGACGACUUCUCCAAGCCUUCAGGGCACAACGAGACCCAUCCAACGAUGCCGCCGAUGCCUUACAACGCCAGCCGCCCGGACUGCAAUGGCACCAAGGGCAAUGAAACCCACCCACCCGCCGCUUUGUCGGGCAAGGGCCACGGCCGCGGUCUGCUGGGCAAGAGUGGCAAGGGUGGCAAGGACGGCUUCUCCAAGCCUUCGGAGCACAACGAGACCCAUCCAACCAUGCCGCCGAUGCCUCAUGCCACCCCUUUGCCACGAAAUCACGCAGAACUCCAGAGGCACACAGCAUCUAUGAGGCGGACGUCAACGAUGCUCCGUCCCGUCUUCGCACUUCUUAUCGUUGGCGCUUUGGCAUCAUGCCAGGGAGCCUGGGCUCGAGGCAUCCCCAGCCGGGAGCUCCUAAGCAAAGAGGAUGGUCGUAAGGAUGGUCGAGAUAUCUCCAAGCCUUCAGGGCACAACGAGACCCAUCCAACGAUGCCGCCAAUGACGUACAACGCCAGCCGCCCGGACUGCAAUGGCACCAAGGGCAAUGAAACCCACCCACCCGCCGCUUUGCCGGCCAAGGGCCACGGCCGCGGUCUGCUGGGGAAGAGUGGCAAGGGUGGCAAGGACGACUUCUCCAAGCCUUCGGAGCACAACGGGACCCAUCCAAAAAUGCCGCCGAUGCCGUACAACGCCAGCCGCCCGGACUGCAAUGGCACCAAGGGCAAUGAAACCCACCCACCCGCCGCUUUGCCGGCCAAGGGCCACGGCCGCGGUCUGCUGGGCAAGAGUGGCAAGGGCGGCAAGGACGACUUCUCCAAGCCUUCAGGGCACAACGAGACCCAUCCAACGAUGCCGCCGAUGCCGUACAACGCCAGCCGCCCGGACUGCAAUGGCACCAAGGGCAACGAAACCCACCCACCCGCCGCUUUGCCGGCCAAGGGCCACGGCCGCGGUCUGCUGGGCAAGAGUGGCAAGGGCGGCAAGGACGACUUCUCCAAGCCUUCAGGGCACAACGAGACCCAUCCAACGAUGCCGCCGAUGCCGUACAACGCCAGCCGCCCGGACUGCAAUGGCACCAAGGGCAAUAAAACCCACCCACCCGCCGCUUUGCCGGCCAAGGGCCACAGCCGCGGUCUGCUGGGCAAGAGUGGCAAGGGUGGCAAGGACGGCUUCUCCAAGCCUUCGGAGCACAACGAGACCCAUCCAACCAUGCCGCCGAUGCCGUAUAACGCCAGCCGCCCGGACUGCAAUGGCACCAAGGGCAAUGAAACCCACCCACCCGCCGCUUUGCCGGCCAAGGGCCACGGCCGCGGUCUGCUGGGCAAGAGUGGCAAGGGUGGCAAGGACGGCUUCUCCAAGCCUUCGGAGCACAACGAGACCCAUCCAACCAUGCCGCCGAUGCCGUACAACGCCAGCCGCCCGGACUGCAAUGGCACCAAGGGCAAUAAAACCCACCCACCCGCCGCUUUGCCGGCCAAGGGCCACGGCCGCGGUCUGCUGGGGAAGAGUGGCAAGGGUGGCAAGGACGGCUUCUCCAAGCCUUCGGAGCACAACGAGACCCAUCCAACCAUGCCGCCGAUGCCGUACAACGCCAGCCGCCCGGACUGCAAUGGCACCAAGGGCAAUAAAACCCACCCACCCGCCGCUUUGCCGGCCAAGGGCCACAGCCGCGGUCUGCUGGGCAAGAGUGGCAAGGGUGGCAAGGACGGCUUCUCCAAGCCUUCGGAGCACAACGAGACCCAUCCAACCAUGCCGCCGAUGCCGUACAACGCCAGCCGCCCGGACUGCAAUGGCACCAAGGGCAAUGAAACCCACCCACCCGCCGCUUUGCCGGCCAAGGGCCACGGCCGCGGUCUGCUGGGCAAGAGUGGCAAGGGUGGCAAGGACGGCUUCUCCAAGCCUUCGGAGCACAACGAGACCCAUCCAACCAUGCCGCCGAUGCCGUACAACGCCAGCCGCCCGGACUGCAAUGGCACCAAGGGCAAUGAAACCCACCCACCCGCCGCUUUGCCGGCCAAGGGCCACGGCCGCGGUCUGCUGGGCAAGAGUGGCAAGGGUGGCAAGGACGGCUUCUCCAAGCCUUCGGAGCACAACGAGACCCAUCCAACCAUGCCGCCGAUGCCGUACAACGCCAGCCGCCCGGACUGCAAUGGCACCAAGGGCAACGAAACCCACCCACCCGCCGCUUUGCCGGCCAAGGGCCACGGCCGCGGUCUGCUGGGCAAGAGUGGCAAGGGCGGCAAGGACGGCUUCUCCAAGCCUUCGGAGCACAACGAGACCCAUCCAACCAUGCCGCCGAUGCCGUACAACGCCAGCCGCCCGGACUGCAAUGGCACCAGCCCCGGAGAACACGCUAUUUAG